CAAGCAAAGGGAAAGGAAAGAAGCAAGACCUACCAGUGGCACCCUCCUACCACCCACUGGCUUAUGGUCCCUGAUACCGGGAAACUGGCUUGGAUUUUGUGCAUCUAGCGCAAAGGGACAUUGUUUAGAAGGAGAUCAGUGGCACCCUCCAGCCACCCACCGGCUUAUGGUCCCUGAUAUCGGGAAACUGGCCUGGAUCUUGCGCGGGAUAUUGUUUAGAAGGAGACUAGUGGCACCCUCCAACCGCCCACGUCCACAAUGCGUGGUCGUCGCAGACAGACUCCGAGUCGGCCUCUUCCACAGCUGCCCCCAUGUAAGGUGUGUGGGGAGGUGGGCACGGGCUUUCACUACGGCGUUACAACCUGCGGGGCCUGUAAGGGAUUUUUCCGGCGUAGUUUGACACGCGUUGAGCCGUACGAGUGUCAGAGAUCUGGAAACUGUCUCAUAGGACCGGAGACCGACCGACGGGGGAGCUGUCCAAAAUGUCGUUACAAGAAAUGUCUGGCCGUGGGAAUGAGCAAAGAUGCUAUCAAGACAGGCCGAUACUCCUACGAAAAGAAAUCCAAAGACAUAAUGGAGAUAAAAGAAUUUCACCGCAUGCAGGAGGCAUCGGAAUCUUCUCCCAGACGUCAACAUACAAGAUCUGGCUCAGAGAUAAGCGCAGAUAUGCCCCAAGAGAAUGUUGGGUGUUUCAGUAAGAUCAGUAAACAUUUCGCAGAUCAUAAUCCCGAUGGGUGGGGUACAACUUCCGACAAAAACUUACAUGCUGAAGGCUGGAAUUUUACAGAAUCAACCCAACUUCCCCAUGCGCCAUCAACCACAUUCCACGGACCUUCAAGGGGGUACUCCCACAGCCGCUAUACAAAUCGGCAAAGAACGACUUCAGCGCAAAUACAUGGGGAUGAAAUGAAUUACCAGGUUUUCGUAAGCUCAGCCUCAUCAUCGAGUCCAGAUUUAGAAAGCGCGAAUUUCCGAGGUGCUCGUGACUGUGGCCUUGACCUUUCCUUGCCUUCAUCUGCUUCUUUUUAUAGAAAUUCUUCUGAAAAACCUAGCUCUUCUAUAGUGGUCAGAGCUCCGAUGCAAUCAAGCUGUAUGUCCUGCAACUGUGCAGCCUGUGGACAUGGCAGUCAAUCUAAGGGAAGAGUCGAAUUCAGACAGGUACGUGACACAGGCCAGUCUUUAGGUAUUUCCUGCACUCCAAGUGUGACACCAUCUGUCAGUGUAGAAGACAUGGGCGGUAGUCUGUGUGCCACAAGGCAUAACAUGUCGUUUCACGACGAAGCCACUCCUGAUGGCCGGGGUUUGAACCUUUCGGAAGAGUUCAGAGCUAAGAGGACAACGUCGUUAUUGCCUCGUCAGGAUUUUGAUUCGCAAGCAAACGUAAAUACGUGCAACGAAGCGAAUUUUGUUGGAACGAAUGUUUUGUCCAGUGCGAAAACCCACAGUCCAAUAUCCUUAUCUACCCCAGAGACGAGAGAGGAAAUGUCAGAGUUCCGGAUGAAAGAUUUACCAGAAACACUCAGAAACCAGUGGGUCCCACACAUGACAUGCACUUACGUCAGCAAGGAUCUGAAGCAAGCUCUAAAGAGAAAACUGAGCGAGAAAAGAUACCCCGUAGAAGCAACAGCAAUAGACAAAGUCAAACGACGAGAAGCUGUUGAUUCUCCGGAGAACUCUACAUAUUCCUUUCCUUCUGAAGAAAGCUCGGAAUCAUUAGAGUUCCAAGACACAUUACUGAAAUUCGGCUGUGGGUGCCUUAAAUGUAGUUGGGAGCACACAGAAGACGCACUGUCCGGCUCUCUACAGAGAGAAACGUCCGCGUGCGGCUCCCCAUCAUCACUUCAGAGUGAGACGGAAGAGCUGACCAGCGAUGUUUCUCAGUCUGCGUGGCAAUUUAGCCCACCAGACAUCGUCUGGGCUUCAGCUGAGCUCAAGAAAGAAAGAGACUGGUUCUCAAGAAGCACCUCGACUUUACCGUCACCAUCUCUCCCUCCCGUCGUUACCUCCCCUGAUCUCCGAAGCUCCGUUUCGCCCGCCUCAUUAUGCGAUCAAAAGUCUGCAAAAUCAUCCACAACAACAGCAACUGCAGCACCAAAACCAGCGACAGCAGUUGCAGUAGUGGCAAGCACAGAAGCAGCAACAGAGAUAGAAAACACUCCAAGUAUUCAAACACCUCAAUGCAUACUACCACCAACAGCAGCAAGUGCAUUGACUGCAACAACAGGAUCAGCAACAGCGGCUGUGGCAGCAGAGGCAGCAACAACAGGGGAGGCAGCAACAGCAGCAAACACGUUCUUACAAUCUGCUGACUUUCAAACAACUUCAGACAACGGGAUGUCAAGUUUUGAAAGCAUUAGCCAAGCAGCUCGGAGUGGUACUGGCUUCUUCUUUUCACAAGACAAAGAAUUUCCUCACAUAAGUGACGACAUUCUCCGCGCAUGGUACCGAUCACCAUCUCCGACCUUCUCUGACUGGAGCGAUAACAACCUCAGCGACUUUGACAACGACAGUCUUCUACAAACUGAACAGAAUGACGCCACAUACCUUAAUAUGCGUCAAACUUUAACUGAAUGUGUGAGUGAGGAAAGAGACAUCGAGCUGCCUAGCCCAUAUUUGGAGAAAAUGAGAUCGGAAGCUCUACAACGUCUCGAGGACCCGGAUACUCAGUCCGAGAUAGCUCGCUUAUCCGAAGCUUUGUCGAAAUGUGAGCUGUAUUGUUACGAAAUGACUUUAUUGGACCCGAUUUUUCACAAACUAAACAUCUCGUUUCCAAAGUCCGCUUUCUCCAGUGUCAAACAAUACGGGGGCAAAAUUGGGAUUAGUGACCCCAGCGAGUUUCUUUCAACAGCAUCAGCAGCUACACCCCUUUCUGUAUUGCCAGCUUCGUCAGUCUCCAUAGGCUCUCUAGGCACGCAGCAAGCCACCCGAGCACUGAAUCCAAACCAAACUCAAACCACAGUAAGACGCCCAAACAACGGAGAGGAUUAUUAUAAAGUUUUGCCCUGGUGUGAAUUUUCCGAAGCAGAACUUGAUGACGUCAUUUCUACAAUAAUGGCGGCUCGCGACACUUACCUUGGCUGGGAUUUUAACUCUAUCAGUGAAGAGGAAGUGGAACGGAGAAAGGAAACCUACAGGAAACUGACGCUGCUGAAGGAGAAGAUAUUCGGCAAGAACACUGCAAUUCUUGGCCGAGAGCAAUACUGUCACAUCCUUGAUUCCACCGGCAUUGACCUUGAUGGACGAAAGAAGUGGGAAGAAGUACACUCGUUGGUGACCGAACCAGCAAUUCACAAGAUCAUAAAUUUCAUCAAGGCCUUGCCAGGGUUUAAAGACAUAUGUAAAGAGGACAAAGUAGUUUUGUGCAAAAACGCCGUGAUGGGAUGCAUUUUCUUAAGUAGCUCUAAGGGAUUUGACCCUAAAGGCAGCUUAUUACUGAGCUACACGAACGCUGGGUACAACGAGGAGGAGAUGAAAAAGAUUUUCCCGGAGAUUACUGGCGUGUGGCAAAAACUCAUGGAGAGUGGCAUGCGUUUGAAUCGGAUGUCCUUGACCCUGACCGAGACUGAACUUCUCAAGGCGCUUCAUGCCACUCGUCCGGGUGAGUUUCAGUCUCAAUGGGUUUUGCAGAGGUGGGGGUUUGUUCUUGCGGGCUACUUUGACCUAGUGUGUCAGGGCCAGCCCGAGCUUGACAGCAUCUCAGCAGAAGUUUGA